AAAUUUAUGUUAUAACUUAUGACCUAUAGUCUUAGUCUUUUAGGUUAAUAAAAAAAAAGAUGGGUUAUUGGAAAUCUAAGGUUGUUCCAAGGAUGAAGAGAUUGUUCGAGAAGAGUCCAGCAAAAAAGGAAGUUGUUGAGGAGGAGAAGCCACGAGAGGUGGGAGUUGUGGAGGAGGUCGUCGUGAAAACCGAAGAACCGGCCAAGGUAGAAGAAACCAAACCGGUGGAAAUUGCAACCGGCGAGAAAGAGAUAGAAAUAGUUGAAGAGAAGAAAGAAGAGGCUAAACCCGUGGAGGUUCCGGUUCCGGUAGCUGCGGAGGAGAAGAAGCCAGCCGUGGAAGAGGAGAAGAAGACUGCACCGGUGGAAGAGAAGAAGCUAGCUGUGGAAGAGGAGAAGAAGCCUGCCGUGGAAGAGAAGAAACCUGUGGUGGAGGAGAAAAAAGAAGUUGUUGCCGCGGUUCCGGUGGCUGAAACUCCUUCGACCAAGGCUCCCGAAACUCCAGUGGUUGAAACUCCGGCGAAGGCUCCGGAAACUCCGGUGGCUGCGCCACAAAAGGCUUGAAUUUUCUUCAUGGUACAUUUUUCUAAAAAAAUAUUGAUUGUCUU